AGGAUUUCACUUCCUUCGUGACUUUCCCUGUGUGGGUGAACACAGAAGCUGACACAAUUUAUUUUGCCUUUCCAGGUACUGUCUGUCUGUAAUCCCAAUGACCCUACGUGACAUGGAAAUCCCCACGGGCUAUGAACUGGAAGCUUUUCCCGGAAUUAGGUUCAAAUGGGAAAGGGAUAACUGGGGAGGAGCAGAGAGUAUAAAUUGCAGCAGCUCCUUGCCUGAGCUCAGAGCUGAGCUGUCCCGAGGAGGCAGAGCAGCAUCCUGCAAGGAAGAGCCCUCCCGGAGCCACCAUGCUCACUGCAAGGAGAGUCCUGCUGCUGGCUGGGCUCCUCGCCCUCUCACCGUGCUCCCAUGAAGCCCCUUACAGCCCAGCCGAGUGCUGCUUCGACUACAUCAAGGGCGUGCUCCGGCUGGAUUACCUCCUGGCCUCCUACUCCACCCCCAGGGAAUGCUAUUUCCCAGCAACUGUGUUUGAGACCAAGAGAGGAGCCAAGGUCUGUGCAAACCCCGAGGAGAAGUGGGUGAAGAGAGCAGUGAAAAUGCUUCAGAAAAAGAAGGAACUUCACAGCCCAUGAUGCAGAGGGGGUGCCCUGGUUGAGGCUGCCCAGCACCCUGCUGGAAGGAAGGUUUGCAGUGCCCCUCUCACAAGGGGUUAAGGCUGUUCAGCUCCUGGGAGAGAGCCCUGACCCCCCCGGAGCCCUGAGCUGCAUCCACAGCUGGGCAGCAGCUCCUGGAGUGCUGCUGGCCCAGCCUGCACCUGCCUGCUGACCACAGACACAAAAUAAACUUUAUUG